AUGGUUGGAGUGAGGGCAAAAUGGGUGAAGGAGAACAAGAGGUACCAGUUUCCAUUUACAAAGCAAUCAAGGAGAUGUAAUGGACAGCAUGGGGAAUAUAACCAGCAAUAUGGUGUUGCAAACUGGAAGUUGUUAAGAUGGCGGCACCAUUGUCCACAUCUCUCUACUAAAAUUUAUGAUAAGACAGAGAAACCAUGUCUUCUCUCAGAAUACACCGAGAACUACCCACUCUAUCACUCCUACCUGCCCAGAGAGUCCUUCAAGCCCAAAGGGGAGUAUCGGAAAGGGUCCAUCCCAAUGGAAGGGCUGACCACAUCCAGGAGAGAUUUUGGACCUCACAAAGUGCUACCAGUGAAGCUCUACCAGCCGGAGCCGUUUGUCCCAAGUGAAGAGAAUAUGGAUCUACUCACUACGUACAAACAAGAUUACAACCCCUACCCUCUCUGUCGCGUGGACCCUGUCAAACCUCGGGACAGUAAAUACCCAUGCAGUGACAAGAUGGAGUGUCUGCCUACUUACAAAGCUGAUUAUUUACCCUGGAAUCAACCGAGACGAGAACUGCUUCGUCCAGAACAGCAGUUCCGGCCACCAUCAACCAGAUUUGAGAAUCGAACCACGCACCAGGAUGACUACUCUGUGAAGGGGCUGGUGAACACCCCAAGCUUUAAGCCUCUGGCUAAGCCCAGAGCCUGUAACAUCCCUCUUGAGGAUCUGACUAACUACAAGAUGAGCUACGUGGCCCACCCUAUGGAAAAGCGCUUUGUUCACGAACCAGAUAAGUUCAGACCCUGUGAAAUCCCCUUUGAAAGCCUCACCACACACAAAGAUUCCUACCGGGGCCUGAGAGGGGAGCCAGCCAAGAGCUUGAGACCUCCAGGCAGGGUCUGUGGGCUAGACACACCUUUCUCUAACACCACUGAGUUUCGAGAUAAGUACCAAGCUUGGCCAACACCCCAGAUGUAUUCCAAAGCUCCUGUCUCCUAUGUCCCUCCUGAGGAAAAGAUGGACUUUCUGACCACAGUGCAGGCCCAUUACACUUACCCUAAAGGUGCUCCUGCUAAGUCCUGCCGGCCAGUGCUCCCGGUCAAGAAGAGUGGUCGCUUUGAAAGCUCCACCACCACCAAGGAUGACUACAAGCAGUGGUCCAGCAAGCGCAUGGAGCCGGUCAAGCCUGUUCCUCAGCUGAACUUCCCCAGCGAACCCCUGGACUGCCUGACCACCAUGCGGGCCCACUAUGUGCCCCACCCUCCCAUCAGCACCAAAAGCUGUAAGCCACUCUGGUCUAGCCCUCGAGGGAAUGUCCCGGUGGAGGGCAAGACCACGUACACCAUCAGCUUUACCCCUAAGGAAAUGAGCAGGUGCCUGGCUUCAUACCCAGAGCCCCCCGGAUAUGUCUUUGAGGAAACGGAUCCACUGGGGCACAGGAUCUACAGGCCAGUUUCCCAGAGAGACUCCCGGCAGAGCAGCCAUCUUUCUGUAGGUGAUUCAGAAAGCCCCAGCCAGCAGCAGUUGGUGGUCUCAACCUGA